CUACCUCUACCAAAUCCUAUUAUCCCUCCAUGUCCCUCCCCUUCUCCCUGCAUUAUUUCCUCCCCUAAACGCAUAUAGGCUGGUUGCUACCAGGUGAUGGAAUAAUUGUACAAAUCUUAAUGCAAUAGCAUGAUGUUUUGAGUUCUCAGUUAACAGUCAUUAAAUUGUUAAGCUAAUUUUUAGAAAAUAAUAUAAGUUAUAUAUAGUUUUAAAAAACAUAAGCUUCAAAUACAUAUCUUUGUAUCAUCCUCUGUCAAAGUGGAAAUGAGAAUAGGCUAAACACUAAUAUAUAUGAACAUCUGACAGACUAACAAAAUCUUUGUAACUCAAAACAUAUUCAAAACAAUCAUGAGACUUUAUACAUCUAGUUAUGAUCGUAGUUAAGUCAACUUCAUUUAUUUCACAUACAUACAUUUAACAAGUGCUAAAUAUAUGCUAGACAUGAUUACAAAAUCAACAAGAGUAAUAUAUUAUUGUUUCCCGAAGUUUAAACUGAGAAAUUGGUAGGGAUGGGAGAGGAAAAGAAUUCAAGCAAUAACAAGACCAAAUCUAGAUAACAUAACUGAUUAAAUGUAGGCACUUAAAUUUCUUAUUUGGAUGAUAGGGGUACCAUAAUGAAAAACAUAAUGUUUACCAAUUUUGUAGAGCAAUGACAAGUUCAGUCUAGGGGGCACUUUGAUGAGUCUGUGGAUAUCCAAGUAAAGAUUCCUGAUAGGCAGUAGAAUAAGUAGAAUGGCAGUGAUAGAGGGUGUUUUGGGAGUAUAGUAGUUCCCCCCCCCCUUAUCUGUGGUUUUGCUUUCUGUGGUUUCAGUUACCCAAUGGGUCCAAAAAUAUUAAAUGGCAAAUUCCAAUAAACAAGUCAUGUUUUAAAUUGUGCAUCAUUCUGAGUAGUGUGAUGAAAUUUUGCGCCAUCCCACUAUGUCAUCGCCUCACUUUGUCUCAUCACACAGGCAUUGUAUCAUGUCACAGCAACACAAGAAGAGUGAAAUACAAUAUAUUUUGAGAGACCAUAUUCACAUAACUUAUAGUGUUAUAAUUGUUCUAUUUUAUUAUUACUGACAAUAUUACUGUACCUGAUUUAUAAACUAAACUUUAUCAUAAGUAUGUAUAUGUACUUAUAGGAUAUAUAUAGGGGUCACUACUAUCCAUGGUUUCAGGCACCCACUGGGGAUUUUGUAAUGAAUCCCUCUAUAAGUAGGGACUACUGUACUGUCACUGAAUGGGUGAGUGGAAUCAGUAGAAGCUAAGGGGAAGGGACAGCCAAAAGAAACGUGAACAAGAGAAAGAAAAGUCAGAAGGUAGCACAGAAGUAAAAGAGUUUUAGUGUAGGGAUAGCAAUAGUUAAUAUUUUCAAAUGCUCCUGAGGGUUAAAGUAAGGUCAAAAUAGAAAUAUGGUCUUUGGUUUUUGUUACUGAUAAUCUCUAAAAUUUUAGUUGGUUGAAGAGUGAGUUAAAGGUUGAAAGGGACUUAGUAGCUUAACUGGGAAAGAAGAGUUUAGAAAGAUAACUAGAGGGAGAUUGGAGUUGAGAGAGGAUGUAUAGAUGAGAAGAGCUUUUGGCUACAAAUACUAGAAAUCCCCGUUAAAAUGGCUUACAAGCAGAGAGGAGUUUAUUUCCUCACCUAACAAAUUUGGAGGUGAUUGACUUUGGUUCAGAGACAAAAUAAUUCAAUGCCUGAGUUUCAUCGCUUUUCCAUCAUGGUCACAUGAUGGCAGCCAUAGCUUUGGGUCAAAUAUCUGCAUUCAAUGCAAGGGAGUGGAUAGCACAAGCAACCUUUUGCCUUUUACUAGAAAAGGUUUUCCCAGAAGCCCCUCAGCAGACUUCUGAUAACAUCUCACUGACCACAGCAGUAUUACCUGGGAACUAGCAGCAAAGGAGGCUGAGAAAAUAAGUAUUUAGCUUUUGCAGCCUCCAUAGUGGAGGUAGGUAAAGAAAAGGUGGUUUGAGAAAGGCAUUGGUUUUAGCCAGCCAACAACCUACCGAGAAUGUGUUUGCAUGAUUUAAUGUAGAAGAAUUUUGCAUGUUUAUCACCUAAAAGAGGCAUGGAGAGUCUAAAGGUGCAGAAAGGAGUGGGUGUGAAGCUCAAAGUGGGAAAAUAAGAUUUGGAGCACAGGUAGAGACCUUAGGAAUCUUUUUCACCAGGAAAAAGGAAGCUUUCCCCUGGGACAGCUGGUUAUCAAUGAUGGGUGCAGUGCAGGAUCCCUAGGGACUCUCAGUGUUUGGACCUUGGACAGUUCAGUUUCUUUGGGCUAUAGGACUUCUAAAUUUUAAUUCAUGGAAUUCGAACAUCAAAGAUAAAGGAGAAAUGAAACACUGAAUUAACUAUAGCUCUCCAUUACACCCAGUUUCCUCCUUUCCCUUCACCUAUUUCUUUUUCUUGUUCCUCACCCCAUCUCAAGAGAUAGAAAUGGAGGGGGGGAAAGGAGGCAGAAGAAAUGGGUAGAAAAUAGGUGAAAAUGAUAAAGACAGCAGCAAAAUGAAGGCCCAAAAGCAAGGCACAGGACAAGGAGGAAGGAAGAAUGAAGUUACUACAGCCUGUGAUGGAUGCAAUAACUCAAAAUUGGUAAAAUAUUAACUCACAGAGGGAGCACCAGGAGAAAUAGGUCCGAUAAAUGGAGGUUUCAGUACUUUUUCAGGAGAUUUGGAGCCUUAGGCACUUGUCAGUUCUCAGCCAUCCUAGGUAACAACUAAGGAGGACAAUCUUUGCACCCUUCAUCUAUCAACAGGUGCAGGACUCCUGGUUCCACAUAUUAGACAUGAGACCUUGGGCAAGGCACUUAACAUACUGAUGCCUCAGCUUUCUCAUUUGUUAAUAGUAUAAACCUCAUAGCUUUGGAUUACAUGAGAUGAAUAACGAAGAGCUUAUAAAAGUUCCCAACAUGUAGUUAGUGCUCGAUGGAUAUUAUGUUAUCGCCUUCAUGUAACUGAAAACAGUAAUAUCCAAACUCCUUAGCAUGGCAUCCAAAACCCUUAAUUAUAUUAGAAUGACUAGGCUCUCAAAGCAGAUAACUUCCAGGAAGGUUCUAUAACUGGGAGUCUGUCCCUCCCCAGGAAUGCUGUAAUAGCCCCUUACCGGUUCCUCUAUUUCCUGUAGGCCCACCGUAGUCUGUUCCCCCACAGAGGACAAGUGAUUCUGUCCAAGUGCUCAGCCAUGUCAAUAUUUUGCUCAAACCCCUUCAAUGAAUUCCUAUCACACACAGAUUAAGUCCAGAGUUCCUACAAUGGCCUUCUGGUUACCCUAUGACCUUUAUCUCCCAGUCUCUCUUGUUCAUCAUGCUCUCUCCAGCCAUAUUGGUCCUGCUAAGCCUGGAACUCACCAGGCACUUCUUUGGACGGCGGCGUUCCCUUCCCACCUCCUUAGGCAGCUCUUCCCCACAUACAUGGUUUCCUCCCUCACUGUAUUCCAAUCUCUGCUCAAAUGUUAUCUCCUCAAAUUGAAUUUCCCAAAAUACUACCUAAAUUAAACUCCAUUCCAGCCCCAAGAACAGUGCCUGACACUUAAGUGCUCCAAAAGUGUCUACAGAGUGAAACCUUCAAUAAAACUCAAAGCAAUGCUGCAGUCACAUAAAGUCACUGCUUCCUUCCAUUUCCUGACAAAUCUCAGGUCAUAUUCUUGGAUUUUUUUCACCAUGGACAAAGUUACAACCCUCUCACCUUUCCUUCCUGAGCUCCAUGAAAAUUGGUAUUCAGAAGCAACUAAAUAUCUCAAGUUGGGUGCUUCUGUACAGCGCCUCAUCCUUGCCCGCCCCCUGAAAAUACUAUUGAGAAAAACAAAUACUACCUUCUCUAAAUGCCACCCAGUUGGCAAUGUCCAAGAGAACUUCCUUGGCAUCCAGGCUCCUUCCUCCCAUAAGUCGCUGGGAACCAAGUCUGUUCUACCUGCUCGACGUUUCUCAGGUGCCCUCCAGGCCACCGCCCAGGUUCCAGCCACCACCCGCCGUCCUGAACUGCCGCGGCAGCCUCUUCACUCGUCUGCCUACCUUCAGCCGGACACCCCUGUCUUCCCUGCCCUGCACCCCACUUAUCGCCAUACCACCCCUGGCCCGACCACCGGCCACACUGUUAGUAUUGUUUGCGUCCCGGGGCGGAGGCGCAGCCUCGCCGCCUUUUCACAUCCUUUCGGCGCGGUCCUUCGUCUGGAACGCUCCUUUUCUGCUUGUCGCCUCCUACUCCGUCCUCGGGGACCGUUCCGGAUCUGCUCUCCUCACCGGAUCAGGAGCCACUCACCACCGCCAACUUUUCGCUAGUCUAUCUUCUUGGUCGUUUUUUCAACGCAGAAACCGAGUCCCAACGUGACCAUAACGGAACCAAAGCCGCACCUGCGAGUUAGCGCAUGGGACGUUAGCUGCAUGAUGGAACGGCAACACCACGCCGAGGCCCCUGGGAAAUGUAGUUUCAGUACGGAAAGCCUCUAGGGGCGGGGUUUGAGGGACUGUGCACUGUCUGCGCGGGCGCACAACAUCACCCGCGGCGGGUGAGGGAGCUCGCCGCCGAUUUGCCAUCUGGAAGUAGAAGUGCUGCUGCCUAGAAACUUGCGAGGAUUCGGCUCAGCGGUUCCCAGGGCAACGCGCAAUCGCAGUUCAGACCCGGGCUGCUGACUCCAGCUCUUUGUGUCCUGCCGGCGAUGUGGCGGUUGCGGUCUGUUGCCGCCGGCAGGGGCUCCUCAAAGGGUAACCCAGUAGUGACCGGGCACGGUAGCCAGAACCUCAUCGGGAGAGCGGGAGCGGCCAUGGCUGGUCGCGCCCGGGGAGGACGGAGGUGAAAGCCGAGCAGGUCCGGGUCGUGCUCCAGUCUAACUUUCCGGGAUGUAUGGCUAAGGUGUAUAGAAGUUUCCAGCCUCAGAAGUCCUUGCUCCAAGUCCAAGCUGACUUGUUCCUAAAAGUUCUCAUCAGAGAAGAAGGAAUGGCUGUCAGGUGCCUGCCAAGCAUGGUCCAGGAGUCAGUGACCUUCAAGGAUGUGGCUGUGGUCUUCACCCAGGAUGAGUGGGCACAGAUGAGCCCUGCACAGAAGGCCCUGUACAGGGAGGUGAUGCUAGAGAACUACAGCAACCUGGUCUCGCUGGGACUCUUAGGACCCAAACCAGAUAUGGUUGCCCACUUGGGAAAAAAGGAAGAAUGGAUGCUGGAGGAUGCUUCCGGAGGCUUCUGUCUUGACUGGAUGACUAUGCCUAUGAGUAAGAAAUCUACUCUCAAGGUAGAUAUUCCUGAAGAAGAACUGGGUCAGUGGAUGAUAAAGGAAGGAUUCACUAGAGAUAGUCACUGGAAAUAUGAUGACCUGUUGGAAUGGCAGCAUGGAGGCCAGGAGAUAAAGUUGCAGCAAGUAAUGCUUGCUCACCAAAAAACGUCAUCUAUGGGUAGUGACCAGGAAUGUGAUGAAUCUGGGAAGCACUGUACCAUGAGCUCACCUUUUGUUGAAAGUCAGGGAUUUCAAUUUCAAACUAACAAAAAAGCCUUAGAGUGUAGUGAGUAUGGAAAAGUCUUCACUAAGAGUUUAACCCUUAAUAAACAUCAGAAAAUUCAUACUGAAAAACUUAAUGCAAAUCGGAAAACUCUUAUUAAAGAGAAACGUUAUGAAUGUAGAGAGUGUGGAAAAGCUUUUCACCAGAGUACACACCUCAUCCAUCACCAAAGAAUUCACACUGGUGAGAAGCCAUAUGAAUGUAAAGAAUGUGGCAAGGCCUUCUCAGUGAGCUCCUCACUUACUUAUCACCAGAAAAUUCACACUGGAGAGAAACCUUUUGAAUGCAACUUAUGUGGAAAAGCUUUUAUCCGAAACAUACACCUUGCCCACCAUCAUAGAAUACAUACUGGAGAGAAACCUUUUAAGUGUAACGUAUGUGACAAAGCCUUUGUGUGCAGGGCACAUCUUACCAAACACCAGAAUAUUCACAGUGGAGAGAAGCCCUAUAAAUGUAUUGAAUGUGGGAAAGCCUUCAAUCAGAGUACAAGUUUUCUUCAGCAUCAGAGAAUUCACACUGGAGAGAAGCCCUUUGAAUGUAAUGAGUGUGGAAAGGCCUUCAGGGUGAAUUCUUCCCUCACUGAACAUCAGAGAAUUCAUACUGGAGAGAAACCUUAUAAGUGUAAUGAGUGUGGGAAAGCCUUCAGAGAUAAUUCAUCCUUUGCUCGACAUCGGAAAAUUCAUACUGGAGAGAAACCUUACAGAUGUGGUUUGUGUGAGAAAGCCUUCAGGGACCAAUCAGCCCUAGCUCAACAUCAGAGAAUUCAUACUGGGGAAAAACCAUAUACGUGUAAUAUAUGUGAGAAAGCCUUCAGUGACCAUUCAGCCCUUACUCAACAUAAGAGAAUUCAUACUAGAGAAAAACCUUACAAAUGUAAAAUCUGUGGGAAAGCCUUUAUCCGAAGCACACACCUUACUCAACAUCAGAGGAUUCACACGGGAGAGAAACCUUAUAAAUGUAAUAAAUGUGGGAAAGCCUUCAACCAGACUGCAAACCUCAUUCAGCAUCAGAGACAUCAUAUUGGAGAAAAGUGAUAUGAUUGCAGUUUAUAAAGAAGAGCUUUGAGACUGAGUAUAUUAACUAUUGAAUGGAAGAGAAUCCAUUCUAGAGAAUAACCAUGAAUGUUUACAUAAGAUAGUCAUUUUAUUUACUGAGAAGCAAGCUUUAUGGUAUUAUUGUGAGUUUUGAAAUUUAAGAAUGUCAAACAGUCUUCAUAGUUCAGAACUGCCUCAUCUGAAUAGCAGUACUGUGUAAUCAGUUUGAAUUACCAAGUAUCAGAACCAAAAUGGAGCUUCAUUAACAACAUAGAAAUUAGUUUAUCAAAUUUACCUUUUGACUAUUAAGAGAAAUUAUAAAAGUGUAAAAAUUAAGGCUGAGAAGCAAAGGAACAAGAAAGUAAAUAAAUUGUCUACAAGCA